AUGAAGCCCGCCGAGAAGCACUUUCGCUGCACCAUAUGUCAGCGGGGCUUCACGCGCAUUGAUCAUUUGAAGCGGCAUCAUCUCAGACAUUCCGGCUUGAAACCCUAUUCCUGCGUGUUCUGUACCGAAUCCUUCGCGCGAUGCGAUAAUCUUCGGGAUCACUACACCGACUGUAGAGAGCGCGGCGAUCGCAAAAUCCCUGAGACGGGUCAAAGAGGCCGACGGCGACAUGCAUGCCAAUCGUGCACCGCGAUGAAAUUGCGCUGCGACGGCAACACACCAUGCGAAUCCUGUGUGAAAAGAGGCUUCAUUUGCGAGAAUGCAAAUGGGCCAAGCCCCGCUCCUAGUACGGAGGAUGGGAAACACUCGCCGAACCCACGAAGACCACCGUUAUGCAGACAACCAUCGGAUCGCGGGUCGAUCAAAUUCUUGCUGAACGGCGGCACCGAAUCAUUCACCGAGGGAUUCAGACUACCUCCACGGAACGAUGUGGAACGGAGUAUGGUCUGUAACAACAAAACUCCGCUGGAAGAGAGCAGCCCGGACGGGGAGAUUUUUCAAUCCAUGGGCAUGGGCAUGCAGGGAGAUCAGGCCGGUCUCCCUGCCAAUUUUGGGGGAACCGAUCUCAACAACCUCCCAUUCUUCCAAGACACUUUCUUGGACUUCUUUAAUGGACCUUUCGGCGAUGGGCAUAAAAAUGUAGACGGCUCGUAUCCGGCUCAGGCUACCUACACGGGCAAUUUUGCUACACCGACACCCAACGGACACUUGGCCCUGUCCGGACAGACGACGUUGUUUGAACCCGAACAGCCUUUCGCGAUGGCUUUAGUCCAAUCAAUAUUGGCGCGCGUCUGGACAUUACCCUUGGAUGCCAAGUCACAAGAGGAGAUUUCGGCGAAUCUGGGGUUUCUGCUUACGACGGCCCGCGUGCGCAAAUUCGUCUCGCUUUACUUUAAAUACUGGCAGCCAAGCUGCGCCAUGAUUCACAUCCCGACUUUCAACUUGGAGACUGUUGGGACGCCGUUGUUGGCCGCAGUGGCGUUUUUCGGAGCCAUGUACAGCUCUGACCCAAGGGAGGCACACUUGGCGAAGCGAAUGCUGGACAUCGCUGAACUGUACAUAUUCUCCAGCCACAUGUAUUCACGCGAGUUUGAGGUUGCAGGCACCUACGCGGGGCUUCAAAGUCCCGGGGACGAGCUCACCGAUUGGACGAAAUUCCAAGCGUUUCAGGCCGGCUUCGUCAUCCUGAUUGUUCAAUACUGGGCGGGGAGCCGUUCGUCAAAGAACCGGGCAAUGGAGAAUCGGUUCAGCGAGGUUUUGAAGGUCGCCCGCCGUCUGAAUCUUGUCAAGGUCCGGCAUGUGCUGGACGAGGAACAGUUUGAUGAGCAAUUGUGGAUUCAAAGGGAGUGCCGUAUACGGACCAUUAGUCUCAUGUCCUUGUUGGACUGUGCUUUUUUCUUCUAUCAAAACUAUCCGUGCCGUCUGACUCAUUCUGAAUUGGAGAGCGAAUUGCCUUGCGAAGAAGCCUUGUUCCGAUCUUCACAUCCCUUUCAGGAUCCAAAUUUUCGAUUCACACGCGACCUGUCGAUUUUUCAGGCCUUUCAGCAUAUGUUUGAAAUAUCCCCGCAGGGUAGCCCUGCACCUUCGCCAUCUAUGCCUCGCUUCCAGCUCACCAUUUUGGAUAUGUUCAUUGUCAUUCACGUUCUGUUCGCUUUUAUCAAUACACACAUGAGCCUUGUGGGCCUGAUCAGACGCCAGGCUCUUGUCAUUCAGCCCACGCAGGCGGAGGGCGGAUGGAACAAGAGCAUGAUCCCCGAGGACUCGAUUCUAGGUUCAAUCCGUACAGCCUUGAACCGCUGGCGCGACUACUGGAUCGCCCUCAGCCGCCAAAUUCCAAAGGAUGAAUGGGCUUCAAUGGGCUUCUACAAGAACGGGUACAAUUUCUGGCUAGUGUCACAAUUGCUGAUCACCAAGAAGGACGCCGUGGAUGUGAUUAUGCAAAUGGAAGUGCACUGCGAAGACAAGCUUGAGAAGUUGAAGGUUCUAUUGCAGGAUGAAUAA